AUGAUCCAGCCACGGGCACCCGAGGUCCCGCAGACGGCGCCCUCGACCGCUAGCCCACCGCGGACGGUGGCGGCGGAUGCCGCGGUCGAGGACGUGCGCUCGUCGUCGUCCACCGCUUCCACCUCUCCCCAGGACGAACAGCAGCAGUCUCGAAAGCCGCUCGGCUCACUCAAGCACGUCGGCCCCUACCCGCGCUGCCACCGACGCCACAGUAAGGGGUCCCGCAAGCCUUCGAACUCCUUCGCGUCGGCGACCAGCACGCGGGGAACCUACGCGGACGAGCUGUCGUCCUCGGAACAAGACACCACCGAGAUGGGCACCGACACCGAGAGGCUGCAGCGGGUGGUGUUCCGGGUUCCCCCGGACCUGAGUGGCUGCCUGCUCCAGUUCUCCAUCGACCUCCAGCACAAGUUGCGCGAGAGGGGACACGAGGGCAACGUCCUCCUCUCUCCCUUCUUCGUGGCCACCUCGCUCGUCAUGCUACUGAGGGGAGCCAGCGGGAACACGCACGCUCAGGUUGCCAGCGCCCUGCACAUGGAGUGGGACCCCUCGGGAACGGCGGACCGGUUCGAGCAGAUGGCGUCCGAACUGUUCCGGGACUUCGAGCGCGCCAAGAUCCGCCGCCUGGGACUCAGGCUCACCUGUUUCAUGGCGCUGUUCUACGACCAGUCGGUACCCGUGCACAAGCAGUACUACAGGCUGCAGGACACGCUGUGCUACUUCAUGGACCGGCGCGACUUCCGCAACCAGAGCCGCCAGUGCCGGCUCACCAUGGACGCCCUGGCGAGGGCCAUCAGCUCGUUCUCGGUGCCACGGGAGCACGUGUUCCCGCCCGGUUCCGUGGGACCCGACACGCUCCUGGUGCUGCUGUCGUCGCUGCGUCUGGAAGGACGCUGGAAGAGGCGCUUCGCUCUCUCCAGGGAUCUCUUCCGCUGGAUGCCAGGGGCUAUAGACGCAGCUGGUACCAGUGUUCCUACGAUGCGUUGCACGGCUCCGUUCCGCACGGCCGACUGCGCCGAGCUGGGGGCGACGCUGGUCGAGGUGCCGUACGAGAACCCUCGCAACAGCAUGGUCAUCCUCCUGCCCACCGGUCCCGGCGGGCUCGCCGCCCUCGAGGAGAAGCUCAGCGCGCCCCUGGUGCUGCGCUGCAUAGACCAACUGAAGGACGCUGGCGAGGUCGAGCUGUCGCUGCCCAAGUUUCGCAUCAGGCACGUGACCGACCUGACGCAGGUUCUUCCCUUGCUGGGCAUCCGCGAGGCGUUCACCGGAGAGGCACGGCUGGACCGGCUCACUCCGGCGACCAACAAAGGCAUUCACGUGUCGUGCGUCCGCCACGUGGCCACCGUUCACGUGAGCCAGACCGGGGCUCGACCGGCGGCUCUGCGAAGCUGUGGCGGCUCGCCCAUACCGCCUGGUGCUGUCGCCAAGAGGGUGACCGUGGACCGGCCAUUCAUGUUCCUCGUGCUCAACAGGAAGCCCGACUUGGUGCUCUUCCUCGGGUCCGUCACCACUGUCGUGUGAUUCGGGACCCGAGAAACGGAAUAGUAUAAUAUCGCGUCGAUGCAUAUCGUAUCGCCUUCUGACGCCGCCUUCGCGAACAUUUUCGGUCGUUUCCUUUUUUUCGGUGCAUUUCAAUAUCUUCGAAGUAUUUCAGUUGCUCUUCGCAUAAUAAAACUAGCCAAUUAUCGCAUUAUGUGCCUGCCGGAUCAUUGGCGACCCAAUGGGAAGCGGCCUUCAUUGGAACCUGCGUAACGGCAGUUUUCCGGUGAUACGGCAGGCGCAGGUUUCUUCAUUCGGAUCCUCGGUAAGAUGGUCUGUUGCCACGGUACCGUGCCUCUAUUGCAUUAUUCCCGUUGAAGUACUGGAAGUAGGCUUUUUCACACCAUUAGGUUGCCCUACACAAGGUGGCCGACAUGGCAGGCUUGCCAACACCGAGGACGAAGUA